CAGGCCGGGUGGAAGGGAGGCUGCUUGUUAGCCUGCUAAGCUAGUAUGCUAAGCUAGUAUGCUGCUAGGCUAGAGCGAAGUGUUGAGCCCGAAUCAGCAACUAGCUAGAGAGGUUGCAGUGCUGUCCACUGAAGUCUCCCCACCAUGCGUGAAUACAAGCUAGUGGUGCUCGGCUCAGGAGGAGUGGGCAAGUCUGCACUGACAGUUCAGUUUGUUCAGGGUAUAUUCGUGGAGAAGUACGACCCCACAAUAGAAGACUCUUACAGGAAGCAAGUUGAAGUGGAUGGGCAGCAGUGUAUGCUUGAGAUUCUAGACACGGCAGGAACAGAGCAGUUCACAGCGAUGCGGGACCUCUACAUGAAGAACGGUCAGGGCUUCGCUCUGGUCUACUCCAUCACAGCACAGUCCACCUUCAACGACCUCCAGGACCUCCGCGAACAGAUCCUACGGGUCAAGGACACAGAGGACGUGCCCAUGAUCCUGGUGGGUAACAAGUGUGACCUGGAGGACGAGCGUGUGGUGGGGAAGGAGCAGGGGCAGAGCCUGGCACGCCAGUGGAACAACUGUGCCUUCCUGGAGACGUCAGCCAAGUCUAAGAUCAACGUCAACGAGAUCUUCUAUGACCUGGUGAGACAGAUCAACAGAAAAACACCGGUGGAAAAGAAGAAGGCCAAAAAGAAGUCCAACUGCUCAAUACUCUAGAACUCUCCCAACGCAGCAGCUCUGAGCCAGAAUGCUGUCUGAAUGAAGAACUGUUGCUCCAGCGGACAGCAUUCCCACCCCCUCACCAUUCAUCGGAAAACUGUCGGAAAAGGCCAAGCCGGAGCCCCUCCCCGUGUCGCUGCCAAUCGGUGGAGGGGUGAAGAUGGUGGGGGGGCGGCACCGCUCCAGAACCCCCCCCACCUUCUCUUUACGCAAAACCCCUGGAUCCAUCACUCACCUUCUCAUUUGAGCUAACAGAACUGUGCAGCACCGCUCGAACACAGCCAACGGAACCGAACAGAACCGCAUCCUCCCCUGCGCUUACAGACAGACAGAGAGACAGAGAGAGAGAGAGAAAAAGAGAGAGAGUGUGAAAGAAUGAGAGAGAACCUCACAGACUUUGGGAAGGAUGGCAGUGAUUUUGUAGAUGUCUAUAUAGAGCAUCUGGUAGUGUGGGCUCAACCUGCUCCAGCUUCUCCUCCUGGUUUUGCAUCAAAUCCAAAUCAAAGCAACUCUGAAAAUCAAGAUAACGGCCUUCUUCCAUCAUCAUCAUUAAUGAUUACCACCCCCCCCAGGACUAAUGCCCCAGUAACACUCCUCCCCUCGCCCCUCCUGUCAUGAGUCUGGGCCUCCUCCUCCUCCUCCUCCUCCUCUUCCUCCUCCUGAGGGACGUAGUUCUGGGUCCCCAGACUGACGCUCCUCCCCUGAUGUGUCCAGAUGUGUCGGCGGUCCAAGCGGCGAGAGUCUGGAAAAUAAGAUUUUUAUGUCUGAUGAAAAAAAUCUAUUGUACUAAAACCAACUCUAAUAUUGUUUCCUGUGUUUUCCUGUCAAUGGCAAUGAAUAUGAUGAUCAUUUUCCAGCUUUUAUGAACGAUUAAAUUUUAGUAUGUUUUCA